GCUGAUUGGCCGUUGCCGGGACGGGGCGGGGCUGCGGCGGACAUUCGACCUCCGCGGGUCUCUCUGUCUUUCCCGCCAUGUCGUUUGUGGAGCGUGCGGGGUCCGCGUCCGCGUCCGCGCGACGGCGCCGCCAGGUCACCCCCGGCCCCGUUACUCGGCGGGUGAAUUCCAACUUCACUCGGGGGGAUGGCUGGGGUGAGGGCGAUGUCGACGAGGACGAGGGGUGCGACCAAGUGGCCCGCGACUUGCGGGCAGAGUUCUCAGCCGGGGCGUUGUCUGAGCCCAGGAGGGCCCCGCCUCUCCCGCGGCUCGGGGACGGGUCUCCCGUCCUGCCCGAGAAGCGCAAUGGCAUUUUCCCGGCAACUGCGGCCGCCAGAAGCCAGCCUCGGCGGUGGCCCGUACAGGUCCUUUCCAUUCUCUGUUCGCUGCUCUUCGCCGGCCUCCUUGCCUUCCUUCUCGCCAUCGCCUACCUGAUCGUUAAAGAACUGCAUGCAGAAAAUUCGAAAAAUGAAGAUGAUGUAGAUACUGGGCUGUUAGGAUUCUGGUCUCUGCUGACACUAUCUCUAACUGCUGGAUUCUCCUGCUGCAGCUUCUCUUGGACAGUGACUUACUUUGAUUCUUUUGAACCAGGAAUGUUUCCACCUACUCCUCUUUCACCUGCUAGGUUCAAGAAACUGACUGGACAUUCUUUCCACAUGGGCUAUAGCAUGGCAAUUUUGAAUGGCAUUGUAGCUGCUCUUACUGUGGCAUGGUGCCUCAUGUAAACCCACAAUAGAGCAGUAUGGUUAGUAAAAGGCCUGAUUGUUUGAAAAUAACAGAGACGAACAUUACCUACUCAGAAGACUAUGGAAUGUGGUUCAGAUACAUACCAUUAUCAUCAUUAUUAUGGAAGACCUUAUAGAGCAUCGUUUCAAAAACUAGGCAAUGGGAAUGUUUGAGUACUUUCAAAUGCUUUCUUAAAAGGAAAAGAUGUUUACCUCAUCUUUUUACUUUUGCUUAUGUAAUUUUAUCAGUUCCAAAAAAUAUUUUAAUGGAAAUCAAACUUGGAAACUUGAAUACAGGAUAAUGUCUACCUUUCUAUGUAUAAUCCAUUUUUUUGCUAACAAAUGUUGAUAUUAUUGAUUGAGAUAGAAGUGUUUCUUAUUUUUAUAUUACAUUAAGAAAACAAUGCUGACCUGCUAAACCAGGUUCCAUGGGUUGGAAGCCAGCCUCUAGCUACAUAGUGAGACCACUUUUAAAAAAAGAAAGAAAACAAUGCCUUCUAUCUUUAACAUUUUAUAGCAACUACAUCAGAGUUUUUGAUAAUCAGUAGAAUGCAAAUGUACAUUUAUAAUUUUUAUGGAGUAUACCUAGGAGUUUUAUAUAUUUACAUAAUAUUAAAUUUAUGUUUUUUAAAUGGUUACAUUUUAUACCUAUAUGACUGUAAAUUUUGUUUUUUAGUUGGUGUCAACCUGUCCUUUACUAAGUAUUUUUCUUUUAAUGUGUUAAAGCACAUUGAUUUAAUUUUAAGGUUAAAUAAAUUUAUUUUUUUUUUUAAAAAAGAUACUGAAAAUUCAGGGUAAACUAUUUGUCAUAAUGUUAAGAAAUUUGAGACUGUUGGCAAUUUCUAUUUUCCAUGAUUAAAAGUAUUUAUUUUGAUGUAUAUAUUAAGGCAGCAAAAUGUGUACUAUUUUGUUUUUAGUAAUUGAAAACCAGAAUGUUUUUUAUGUAGAACUGU